ACGCUAUGUUUUCGAACAGGCACUUCAGAUGACCACAUGAACUAGUCUUCGGGUCCUUUGACAGACGGCGCUGAGAUUUGACGUGUUUGUUUUCCGCGCUCUGCUCGUAUGGGAUGGCGGUGCGUUUCUUCUGAGUAUUUAAGGGUCUUGAGAGAGAAACCAUGUCAUUCAGCUUUGGACAAGCUGCUCCUGGGGGAGGCUUUAGCUUCGGAGCCCCAAAAACCACAGCAUCAGUCACUGCAGCCCCUGGAUUCUCCCUGCAGACGAGCAGUCCUGCACCAGGAGGAUUCAGUUUCGGUGCCGUGCCUCAGCAGCCGUCCCAGACCCAAGCAGGAACAUCUCAAAUAGCAGGGCUUCUUGCACAGACCACCACAAGCACUGGAGCCCCACAGGGUGGAUUCAGCUUUGGUGCAUCAGCACAGAGCAGCACUACUGGUGGAGGGUUUAAUUUUGGCGGUGCUCCUAAACUUGGUCUCAACCUGACUCCAAGCUCUCAGCCGGCCACUUCAGCAGUGACUCUGGGAGGCCUGGUGAAUUCCACCACCUCAGCCAGUGGUACAGGCUUCAUGUUCGGAGGCCUCGCACCUCAGACUACAGCUCCAACCCAGCAAUCCACAGGAGGUUUUGGCUUUCCUGGGGCCAAGAUCCAAGCUCCUGCUGCAACGUUAGCACAGAGCACUCCUUCCUUCUCGCUGGGAGGCCAAAGCAUGGGUCUCACGCUGGGAGCUGUUGCUCCAGCUGCUGCAGCCACCACUACAGGGAUUAACUUUGGGAUCAAGCCUGCAGCUACUCCAGUUCCUGCUAGUACUGCUGCUGCUGUUGCUGCAGCGGCUGCUGCUGUUGCUAGCCAAGUUGCCCCGGGUCAAGUUGCCCCUGGCCAAGUUGCCCCAAUAUCUUCUCUGUUUUCCUCCCCAAUCCCCUCAGCAGCUUCUACAGGCUUCACGUUGGGCGGCUCUAUAACUGCAGCAGCUCCAGUAGCGUCGUCUGCAGCUACAGUCUCUACUGGCUUGACGCUCAAAUCGCUAGGAGCUGCUGUGACCUCAGCUGCAGCUACUACAGCGGCCACCACAAGCUUUUCUCUGAGCCUGAAACCUGCCGCCUCCGCUGCACCGGCCGCUUCUACGGCCGUGUCCACCGCUGCAAUCAGUGCUGCACCGGUGAUGUCAUACGCUCAGCUAGAGUCCCUGAUCAACAAGUGGAGCUCAGAGUUGGAGGACCAAGAAAGACACUUUCUGCAGCAGGCUACACAGGUCAACGCCUGGGACCGCAUGCUGGUGGAGAACGGAGAAAAGAUUACAUCCCUUCACAAGGACAUGGAGAAAGUUAAACUGGACCAAAGAAGGCUCGAUCAGGAACUGGACUUUAUUCUGUCCCAGCAAAAGGAGCUGGAGGAUCUUCUCACUCCAUUGGAGGAGUCGGUGAAGGAGCAAACCGGAACCAUCUAUAUGCAGAAUGCUGAUGAGGAGCGAGAGAGAACGUACAAGUUGGCAGAAAAUGUUGAUGCUCAGCUGAAGAGAAUGUCCCAAGAUCUGAAGGAGAUUAUUGAGCACCUCAACACAUCCAACCGGCUGGCUGACACAAGUGACCCUCUCCAGCAAAUCUGCAAAAUCCUCAAUGCACACAUGGACUCUCUGCAGUGGGUCGAGCAAAACUCUGUUCUGCUUCAGAGGCGUGUGGAGGAGGUGUCCAAGCUGUGUGAAAGUCGCAGUAGGGAGCAGGAGAAGAGCUUUCGUCUAAGUUUCCAAUGAAACAGGGCGGUGUAUUGUAAAUGAAACUCGUUGUUUUGCUAAUUCUAUUUGAAUAAAGAAGUAUACUUUUUACUUUCAA